ACAAGAAUACAAGCAUAACCAGAUAGAAAUCGUUGUCGACAAUGCAAGAACUCACACUGCGAAGUCAUACUCAUUACAAGAAUUUGGUAAAAAUAUUGGUACUCGUUGCCCUAUUGAACAAAUCGAAUAUGUUGAUGAAAAUGGCGUACAAAAAGUUAUUGAUUGUUAUUUUAAAGGGGGAGACAACAAAGGUAAAUCAAAAGGUUUAGUUGAACUAUGUAAAGAUUUGGCUGUACAAUUACCAGCUAAAAUUAAAUUAGACGACAUUCGUGAUAUACUUUCAACGCAUCGAGCUUUCCAAAAUGCUACNAUGCUACAAAACUUGAGAUGCUAG